AUGACGGUGACGCCUACUGACUUUGCGGCGAUCACCGGCUUGAGGGUUGGGGGUGACCCUAUCCCGUUUGACUCGGGCAUUCAAGAGGACGAGGCAGCCUUGGAAUGCAAGGUCCACCUAUCGUACUUGCAUGCACUGAUAGAUCUGAGGACAGCCUCACACUUUGACUGGGGAGGAGCUACACUUGGCGCAGCUUAUGGCUUCAUGGGGAACUCGUCGAGGACAGAGAUGAGCACUGCUGGGUACUGGCGGAUUUGGGAGCUCUGGGCCUAUGAGGUAGAGUGGGAUCCUUGGAAGUCGGCCUUUGGUUGGCAGUGGUACUUGGGUGACCGAGUGACACGCCAAUCACUUGGCUAUGCAGGGUUCCAGGUCCCCAGACCGCUUCCACCACGGGCCUCACACACAGGGGAAUACACGUUGGCCGAGUUAGAGAUCUUUACACGGCCCGACACCGACUUGACACGCUACCUGCGUCCUGGCAUGGACUGUGCGGUUUACCAGAGAGAGCGCUUGGCGGGGCCGCUGAGAGUGCGAGAGUUCAGGAAGGUCCGGAGUCAGGCUCGUGGAGCUGCUGAGGAGAGGAGAGCCAUUAUUGUGAGGCAGAGUAGUGGUGAGAGUCGCGUGAGACGGGGUCCGAGUGGACUAGUGAGAGGUGGGCCACCAGAGUUGACGUGGCAGAUAGCAGUGGUGGACUCUCAGGGCAAUCCAGCUGAGCUACACCUAGCCCCUGCCAGAGUUGAGCAAGCGCCCGUUACUGUGCCGGUACCCAAUGAGUGGGUGAACGAGGCUGUUCGGCGUAUGCUUGCACUGGAGAACGUGAUAAGGCGAGCGGCAAGUGGCUUGCCUUUGGACUUGCGCUACCCACCACCGGCGGCUCAGAGACCUCAGGCACAGGGACGGGCGGCUCCUAGGAGGAAAAGCGCCAGAGAACCUCCACAAAAAAAGCUAGCAACUAGGACUUCUGCUCCUCCACCCACUACUAGACCACAGAUGCGAGGCGUACAGCCAACUGCUGCGAGUGAGAAGGCAGCCCGAGAGGCCGUGGCGCGCGCUGAGGAGAGACAGGAUCCCAGAGAGAGGGACGACGACGAUGACGACGGGGAUGGCGAUUGGUUCGGAGAAGACUGA